AUGUCAUCUCCAUCCCCUGAGGCCGAGGAGCCUCAAGAAACUCAGACUUUCAGAUCACUCGGCCUGAUAGAUCCAUUGUUGGAAGCCUUGGAACGCCUCAGUUUCACAUCUCCUACUGAAAUCCAGUCGGCCGUCCUUCCUCACGCACUUGAAGGCCGAGACAUAAUCGGUGUAGCAUCCACAGGAUCGGGGAAGACCGCAGCCUUUGCGCUACCAAUUCUACAAAAGCUAUGGGAGAAUCCUGCUGGACUUUUUGCAUGUAUACUCGCCCCGACAAGAGAACUGGCCUACCAGAUAUCGCAACAGUUUGAAGCCCUCGGUUCCGCUAUGGGUGUACGUUGUGCAGUUAUCAUCGGUGGGAUGGACGAAAUGGCGCAAAAGAUCGUUCUUGCUCAAAAGCCUCAUAUCAUCGUUGCUACCCCUGGUCGAUUGCUGGAUCACCUCGAAAAGACGAAAGGCUUCAGUCUCAGAACGAUAAAAUUCCUCGUUUUUGACGAGGCGGAUCGCUUACUUGAUAUGGACUUUGGUCCCGUCAUUGAUAAAAUCCUAAAGAUCAUACCGAGGGAACGAAGUACUUAUCUGUUCUCCGCGACUAUGACAACGAAAGUCAGCAAGCUACAACGGACUAGUUUGUCAAAUCCAGUGAAAGUACAGGUGGCGGGAAAGUAUCAAACAGUUUCCACCCUCCUGCAAUACUAUCUGUUCGUCCCUUUAAAAGACAAAGAUGUCAAUCUUGUCAAUCUUGUCAAUUCCCUUGUCCAGAACUCCAUGAUGAUCUUUACCCGGACUGUGAAUGACGCCGCCAGGUUGUCUAUCAUCUUGCGCACGCUGGGCUUCUCCGCAAUCCCACUACACGGCCAACUUAGCCAGAGUCAACGGCUAGGUUCCUUGGGAAAAUUCAAAAGUGGUGGACGAAAUAUUCUAGUCGCAACUGACGUAGCCAGUCGCGGUCUGGAUAUUCCGUCUGUAGAUAUCGUCAUCAACUUUGAUAUCCCCACGCAUUCAAAAGAUUACAUUCAUCGUGUCGGACGAACUGCUCGUGCUGGUCGUUCAGGCAAAGCAAUUACCCUCGUUACGCAAUACGACGUCGAACUCAUCCAACGUAUCGAGAGCGUUAUUGGAAAGAAGAUGGACUUGUGGCCAACGGACAAAGAAGAAAUAGCUUUGCUCAAGGAGCGUGUCAACGAGGCUUCCAGAAUAGCCGUCAAUGAACUGAAGGAUCAAUCAGGGAAGGGGGGGCACAAACGACGGCGAGAUGUCAAAGGCGGGAAGGAUGAUAUGGACCGCGAUGAUGAUGUGGUGGAGGCUGGCAUGCCAGUCAGAAAUCACAAGAAGUCUAAGCGUAGAUGA